AUGCAGUCAGCAGUUGGCGACGGCAUCAAUCGCGAUGGCAGAGCUGAAAUAACAACUACAAUCGUGAACGGUUGUGAAGUUGCUCAGGUGACGUGCUAUGCCGACGCCAAUCGGGACACUCUGAUACAGGUUUUCACGGGAGGUGUUCCUUACAUCAUGAAUGGCGGCUGUGGAUCAGCAGCGCUUCCACCGAAUCUGAUUACUUGUAACGCUAAUGGAAACUGGGUGUUCGCGGUCACUGGAGAGCUCAAUCCAUCCAUACAAUGCAGUGUGACAACCGCUGGUCCUGACUGCUGA